AUGGCUAUACAGAUUAUCCCUUUACACUCUAAUGAUGACACGUGGAUGAACCGAGGGAUUGCUCUCGAGUUUACUCUUCAUUUUGACCAUGUUUUGGAUUCAGACCAUCUUCGUCGUUCCCUCCAACGCUUGCUGGAGAUAGGAGAAUGGAAGAAACUGGGUGCACGUCUACGCCUGAAGGACGGCAAGCUUGAAUAUCAUAUCCCCGAGAAAUACGAUACGAAAUGCCCUGGAUUCACCUUUUACACCACGACACAUGAUGGAAGACUGGAUGACUUGCUUCCCUCUCAACUGCCAUGUAGGACGCAUUCUCCGACUGUUUUCCCAUUCUCGGCUGCGAAUCUCGAUACCUUGCUUUACAGAACUGAUUCCCCUAAGAAACUCGAGGACUGGAUAUACAAUGAUCGCCCACAACUAGAUAUCCAUCUUGUAGUCACUCGAAAUGCCACCCUAUUGAAGUUGGCAUGGCUGCAUACUUUCAUGGAUGCCUCGGGUCGGGCUUGUUUGCUCAACGCUUGGGCGGCGGUUCUUCGCGGUCGCGAAGAUCAAGUUCCACCGUUCCUCGGCUUUUUCAAAGAUCCUUUGGCGGACUUGAAUGCUCAGCCCCCAUUCGAGUGGUUCGUCCGGUCACAGUGGAUGUUGAUUCUUAUGCAAUGGCUGGGGCCGCUAUUACUUGUUAUUCGGUGGGUCUGGGAAAUGAUCCCAUGCCCGAAGCAUGAACACCGACUAGUCUGUAUCCCGGGAUCAAUUGUGACAGACAUGCGAGAGGCAGCAAUACAGGAGUUAUCUGCGGGAGAUGGCGAAAACUUCGUCAGCGAAAGCGAUGUCCUCCUGGCAUGGUGGGCUCAGCGCAUUGUCCAGUCCAUGCUACCAUCGGGGAAAAUCCCUAUCACGCUACUGAACAAUUUCAAUAUCCGGCCUUCUUUCCCGGACCUUUUCCCACGAGAUACAGCCUAUAUCGGAAAUGCAUGGCUGACUGCCCAUACUAUCCUGACUGCUGACGAGGUGCUAGAGCGGCCGGUCGGCUAUCUUGCUCUCAAGCUCCGGCAUUCUCUUCUCGCCCAGCGCUCCAAAAACCAAAUCAUGGAUUAUAUGGCUGUUCAGAGAGACGGCAUGGAGAAGGUUGAGGCUACACUUGCAUCUAUGUUGGGCGUAUCGAACAUGUUGAUCCAUUGCUCAAACUGGCAUCAAGCUAGGUUUUUCAAUGUGGAUUUCUCGCCUGCUAUCGUCGGACCAGCAACGAAGGCCCGACCGGCGGGAAGACCAAGACUAAUAAUACCCAACACUUUCUAUCGAUGGCCCAUGCUACUAAAUACUGGAUCGGUUAUUGGGAAGGACGCAGACGGAAACUGGUGGCUGACAUGGCAUUUGAAAAAGGGGGUUUGGAGAAAGAUUGAGAAACAACUAGCAGUAGACACAACGUGA